AUGAAAAUCCAGGAGCUUACAGAGGAGUUCUUGCAAUAUCGAGACUUGAACAACCAGAAUAAUCAACGUGCGGAGCAAUUGUUGAUGUCCAUGGAGGCAAAAUUUCAAGAAUUGCAGAGUAGUUUCUGUGAGAUUCUACCUCAUAUUUCCAGAGCGGUAUCUGAGAGUAAUUCUAAUGAUGUUACACCUCCACAUCAGAAUGGUGUUCAUCAUGCUGCAUGCAAACCAGAUGAUCAUAGGCAGAUAUUGAAGUUUGUGAAGCCAGAAAUACCCAAAUUUGAUGGGAAGGAACCAAACACUUUGAUCUUCAAGGCUGAGUUAUUUUUCAAGAUUCAACAAGUUCCAGCACAAUUCAAAUUGGAACUCGCGGGAUUGAGAAUCGAUGGAGUAGCCGCUGAUUGGUUCCAAUGGAUAUUCAAUAGUGGAACGGUUCAGUCGUGGGAAGAAUUCAUUCGGGCUGUUCGUGAAAGAUUUGGACCAUCUAAUUACAAUGAUGUUCGAGGGUUGCUUGCAAAGCUGAUGCAGAAUGGUUCUUUAGCAGAUUAUAUGGCUGAAUUCCAAAAAUUAAUGAACCAGGUAACAAACAUCAGUGAUGAAUUGUUUAUGACUUUUUUUGUGGCGGGAUUACAGCCUGAUUUACAAGGAGCAGUUCAGUUGAGAUGGCCAACUACCUUCCAUCAAGCUAUGCAAUUAGCAAUAGCUUAUGACAGUCAUCAUGGUGAGCUUCGUUCGUCCAUUACAAAUCAACCAAGGAAGUUGUUCCAUCGAUCCAAUGUGGGGGUAUCAGGAGAAAAAACAAUUCUAGGUACUGUUCCUUCACUACCAGCUCCAACCACUUUACCCAUCAAGAGGCUGUCACCUAAAGAGCUUCAGAAAAAGAGAGAUUUGGGUCAAUGUUAUACAUGUGAAGAAAAAUGGACAUCCAAGCAUCGUUGUAAAACAAAGAUGCUAGUGUUAUUUGCUGAAGAUGAUGAGUCAGAAGGAGAUAUGGAUGAAGAGAUCUUAUGGCGUAAAGAAGAACAUCAGCCAGUCAGGUUAGAUGCAGCAUUACAUUCCUUGUCCGGCUCAGCUCAUAUUCGUUCAUUGAAUUUGGUAGCUGUUGUUGGUAAAAGGGAAUUGGAGGUAUUGAUAGAAUCAGGCAGUUCACACAAUUUCAUUAAGAGGGAGCUAGCUGAGGAACUUCACUUACCAAUGGUUAAAGCUAGGAGAAUGAGGGUAUUCAUGGGUAAUGUUGAAUUCCUCUUGUGUGACAAAAAAUGUGCCAAGGUACAGUUGUUGAUCCAAGGGCAUAUUUUUGAAACUGAUCUGUAUGUGGUAGACUUAUGUGAUUUAUGUAUAGUCUUGGGAAUGCAAUGGUUGAUCACUCUUGGUAGAGUCACUCAUAACUAUGCUGAACAAUCAAUGGAAUUCAUGUGGCAUGAUGAGUUGGUAGUAUUGGAAGGAAUGAAAUUGGGUGAACAACAACCGCAUUCUACUCAAACAGAAGCAAUCUGCCAUUCCUUGUUGCUGCAGCAGUCUUAUGAUUCUGACUCUCAGGUAAAUUCUCCUCUUCAACUUUGGAAAGAUAAGAUACCUGCUAUGUUAUGGUCCAUUUUAGUUGCUUGUCAGAAGGUAUUUGAUAUACCAACAGCCUUACCUCCAUUUCGAGACAUGACUCAUGCUAUCCAUUUAUUAGAUGAAACCAAACCUAUUAAGGUUAAACCAUAUAGAUACCCACACCACCAAAAGACAGAAAUAGAAAGACAAGUGGAAGAAUUGCUUGCAUCUGGGUGGAUCCAACAGAGCCAUAGUGCAUUUUCCUCCCCAGUUUUGUUGGUAAGAAAACAAGAUAGCACAUGGAGGAUGUGUAUUGAUUAUCGUGCCUUGAAUUCCAUUACGGUUAGAGAUGCUUUUCCUAUACCAACAAUAGAUGAGCUAUUAGAUGAAUUGUUCAUGGCCAAGGUGUUUAGUAAAUUGAUUUACGUUCAGGUUCUUACACUUCAUUGGCCAACUCCUCACUCGAUCAAACAAUUAAGAGCAUUUCUAGGCCUCACAGGCUAUUAUAGAAGGUUUGUCAAAGGAUAUGCUUCAAUUGCUCAUCCUUUAACCGAGCUGCUGAAGCAGGACAAGAUGGUUUGGAACCCUGCUGCAGAAUUGACUUUUCAAUCUCUUAAAGAAGCAAUGGCUGCCACUCCUGUGUUACAGUUGCUCGAUUUCACAGCUCCUUUUAUUGUUGAAUGA